AUGUCUGACCCUGUCCGUCGCCGAUAUGUUGACAGCGGCUACCCCUCCUAUGCGCGGCCGCACGCCUUCGAUGCCUACGAUUCUUUCCCGCGAGAGGCUGAUGUGGUGGAGCAGCAGCAGCAGCAGCAGCCGUCUCACCAGCCGCUGCGGCGCCGCGGCGCACCUGUUCCAGCUCCACAGUUGCUUCUCUCAGCUCGAUCCACUCCCUUGGCGAAGCGGCCGGCCCCGGUAAAGACCCCGUACAAGAGUGCGUCGACCACGACAACGUCCUCCUUAAUCGAGUCGGCUCCCUGCACUAACUCCUCCGGCAGUAGCGACACGGCUACUGCGUCACCGCCACACGAUGACCAGCCAACACAUCUGAACAAGACGCAGCGGCCACUGCUCGCAUCCGCGUCGUCGGCGCGUACCUCUGCGUCUGUGAUGUCGCCCUUACAGCAGCAGGUCGCGCGCGAGCGUCGGCAAAAUGAGUACCGACACAGUAGCUCUCUUCUUCAGGGCGGACAGUCACCAGCGAUGCAGAUGACGCCGCUGCCCGCGCCGGCAAGGUCGAGCGAGCGUUCCGCGAGUGCGGUCCCGCCACCAGUGUCGCGACGCGCACAUCAGCGCUCUAGUCUGAGUACAACCCCGGGGGAGCAACGGAGGGCAGACGGGCACUCACAACGUCUGCCGACGUCGCGUGCACCUGGGUCUUCCAUGCUCACGGCAACGGAGCAGAUGACCAUCGGCCAUAGCCACCCCGCUGCCGUCUCACUUCACUCCGCUAGCCCCAUCCGCGGCCUGGAGGGUCACAAGGGACGUGUUGACCAGGCCAGGAGCCCCGCACCACGCACAAGCAGCAGCACACCUCGCAGUAGCACCGUGGCAAAUAACGUCCAUCCUGGGCCGUUUUACAAGCGGCAGCAGGCGCAAGCGCCGAGUCCGACCGGCCAUUCACCGACGACACGUGGAUCCUCCACGGUUGUGGAAGAGCCAGCCAGAGCAACGGCGGACAGGCGUGUGGUCGCCGAACCGGCAUCCAACAAGGCUGACGCGCAGCUGGUGGCCCCAAAGGAGCUGCGCCGCCAGCGCGGCCAGGGCGAGAUCCGGGGCCAAGGUUACGUUGCGCAGACGGCGUACACCCAGCGAAACCCGUUUCGCAGACAGGACUUUGCGGAGUUCGCGGGGAACCCGCAGUACCUCCCGCCGCAUGGAUUCCAUGUCUACCCGCAGGCGAUGGCCACGCGGGUAUACGGCCUCGAGGUCAGCCGCGCAAGCCAAGGGGAUUGUAUGAUGCAGAGUCUUCUCGACGCGGCACACCCGUCAACGGCUGAGGAGCGGGCCGAAAUGGAAGCGCUGCUGAGCGCGACCCUCGAGAAACUGCAGCUUGGUGACUGGUUCUACAAGUGGACGCGCAUCAAACGCGUGCACCAGCGCUACGUCUGGCUGAACCUGCAGCGCGGCACUCUCAUGUGGUCCGUUUCACCAAAGAAGAGCGCUGUCCUCAGUUCCGAGGUGAAGCUGUCCACCGUCACGAGCGUAACGCCGGAGUGCCUGCAGCUGGAGGCGCCGGUGCGCUUCUUCUACCGCAUGAACAUCAACACACCACGCCGCUGCAUCAGCCUCGCGACGGAGAUUCGAGAGAAGUUCGAUGUUUGGUACCAUGUUCUGCAGCAGCUGGCGGCGCCGAACUCGAUGUAUGGCGUGCCUGGCGUGUGGGGACGACCGUCGAGCAGCGUCAACGCGGCUGGGUGGGGUGCGGCAAGCCGGUGGGCGUCCCGCUACAGUCCGCUGUCCGCCGUGGUGGACAAUGCGACAGGCCCCACCGGCUACAACGAAGCGUACGCGCACGGUGCCGUCUCCUCCAGUGACUGA